AUGGGUAUCAGCAAUAGCAGUGUCAACGAAGACUUCAUCCUGGUGGGUUUCUCUGAUCAUCCAGACCUGGAAAAGAUAUUUUUCAUAGGUGUUUUGGUGUCCUAUAUCUUGACUCUUGUGGGAAAUACAGUCAUAAUUCUGAUAUCCUCCAUAGAUCCUAAACUGAAAACACCCAUGUACUUUUUCCUCACUCAUCUCUCCCUAGUUGAUAUCUGCUUUACUACCAGUAUCGUUCCACAGCUGCUGUGGAACCUGAGAGGCCCAGACAAGAGCAUCACUGUGCCAGGCUGUGCGGUCCAGCUCUAUGUCUCCCUGGCACUGGGCACCACUGAGUGUGUUCUCCUGGCUGUAAUGGCUUUUGAUCGCUACGCUGCUGUUUGCAAACCUCUCCAUUAUGCGGUCGUGAUGAACCCACGUUUGUGCCGUGCUCUGGCAGGUGUUGCGUGGCUGAGUGGAAUAGGAAAUACUCUCAUCCAGAGCACAAUAACCCUCCUGCUGCCUCGCUGUGGACACCGCUGGAUCCAUCAUUUCUUCUGUGAGGUACCCUCAAUGAUUAAGCUUGCCUGUGUGGACAUCCAUGCCAAUGAGAUCCAGCUCUUCAUUGCUUCACUGGUCUUGCUACUCCUGCCCUUAUCACUGAUAUUGACAUCCUAUGGCCAUAUAGUCAAGGCAGUAAUAAAGAUCAAGUCAGCACAAGCCUGGCGCAAAGCCCUGGGUACAUGUGGGUCCCACUUGAUAGUAGUGUCCCUCUUCUACGGGAGCAUCACAGCCAUCUACAUCCAACCCAACAGCUCUUAUGCCCAUACCCAAGGGAAGUUCAUCUCCCUUUUCUAUACAGUAGUGACCCCAACUCUCAAUCCUCUCAUUUACACACUGAGAAAUAAAGAUGUGAAAGGAGCACUGAGAAGAUUGUUUGACAGAGACCCAAGUUCAUAA